UAGGGAAAUGAUUAUCAUUAUGUGCGGCUCCUUCUGCUGGUCAAAGGUGUGAUCCGGAGGAACAUGCCCUCACAUAUCCCUGCGAUCAUGACUCACUUCAGCCCUUAAAUACAGAGCCACUGAAUGCAGUCUGACAGAGUUCAGCGACUGUAAUCAUGUGUUUUCUGAUGCAGCUUGAGGUGAUGGUGAUGCACAAGCGGAUCCUGCGGGCUCUCGGGAACGGCGUGGCGCGGUGGACCCUCUUCGGUCCUGUGGAUCGCGAGCAGCUCCAGCUGGAGUACCACGACGCUCUGAGGAGAGACCUAGAGGAGGCGUCUCACCGCUGGGGCUCGACUUCGCCACUGAGACGCCUCUUGUGGGCGGAGACUUCCAGUGGGAGGGCGUGUCCGGGUUCAAGGUGCCCGUCUUGUACCGCGCCGGACCUCGUCCCCAGAACCCCGAAGAGAUACAGCAUUGUCCCGCAGAACGUGGAGAAAACGCCAGAAAAGAGGACCGAGCUGAAGAGGAAACAGACCAAUAUCACAGAUUUCUACCUGGCGAAGAAGAGAGGGGUGGCUACACCCCGCAAAUCAGGACAAUAACACACACACACACACACUCAGGAACGCUAGUGUGUCUCGUCUGGACUCUUGUCCUCAUAGGAGGAACACUGUUUUUCUACGCCAUCAUCU